AUGUUCCAGAUCACCGGCCCGAUACUACAUGAUGCUAUGCGCCAGCGCACGCGAUUCCCCCUACAGCUAUGCGACCCGUCGCCCUAUGAGCCCAGCAAGCUCUUCCUCACAUUCUCGACAUCGGAAUUAGACAACAGCAGUGUCGCCUCCACGACGCCGAGUGAUGCUUCCUUCGUCUCCACGCCGGUGCUGCGCGAGCGCAUGAGUCUCAGCUUCAUUACGAAUCCGGAUCCGGUGCUUUCGUCGACAGACCUGAACGCCCCGCACGCCCAGAGCGUCAUUUGCGCCAAGAAGAACUGCUACCGCUCCGCCAACAGCUUCUUCGGAACCUACUGCGAGUCUCAUAAGCCCAGCCGGCUAUGCAAAGUGCCCGAAUGCCGCAAAUGUGCUAAAACUGGGGGGUUCUGCAUCUCGCACGGAGGCGGUCGACGGUGCUGUCACGAAGGCUGCAUCAAGAGCGCCAAAGAAGGUGGCUACUGUAUCGCUCACGGGGGCGGCAAGCGAUGCCGUAGAGAUGCUUGUUCCAAAUCGGCUCUGGCUGGUGGCCUAUGUUCUGCACAUGGCGGAGGCAAGCGCUGCAGCGCACCCAUGUGCUCGAAGACGGCACUCAAAGGCGGCCUCUGCAUCGCUCACGGCGGUGGUAGAAGGUGUGAAGUCACCGGGUGCUCCAAGAGCGCUGUUGGUGGACACUUGUGCGUGUCGCACGGUGGCGGUCGCCGAUGCCGAGAAGCAGGCUGCAACAAGGGCGCGGUUCGUCGCGGCGUAUGCAUUCGCCACGGAGCGCGGCAAGACUGA